UCUGCAGUUCCUACUAUCUCUCAAACAAUAACGGCAGGUCCCGUGUGUCGCUGUGCGCCUGUGCAGUAACGGCAGGUCCCGUGUGUCGGUGUACGCCUGUGCAGUAACGGCUGCUGAUCAGUGUGCGCCUGCGCGGAGCCUGGCUGACCCCGGGGUCGAGGAGGUGUGGUGUUUUUACCUUAAACUGUUUCAUCUGUGCACUACUGUGAACUCCGAGUUCGACAUGUCUGUAGCAUCUAUAUCAAAUAAUUCACAGAUAAAGACUGUGGCCAGUAAAGUGCCCUUUUCUGACUUGUGUUUAACUCUGGAAAAAAUACAAAGGUCUAAGUCCAGACCUGAUAAAAAUAAGUAUUUCAAGGACUUUCUAGAUUCAUGGAGAAAUUUCCAUAACACCCUCCACAAGAAUGAUUUAAACACUACUGAUUCCUUCUACCCGGCACUGCGUCUAAUUCUUCCUCAGCUCGAGAGGGAGAGGAUGGCAUAUGGAAUAAAAGAGACAAUGCUCGCCAAACUUUACAUUGAUGUUCUUGGCUUGCCAAAAGAUGGAAAAGAUGCACUUAAACUCCUGAACUAUAGAUCUCCAACCAGCUGUCAUGGAGAGGCUGGUGACUUUGCAGUGAUUGCGUAUUUUGUUUUGAAGCAGAGGUGUCCAACUAAAGGCACGCUAACGGUGCAGGAGGUAAACGAACAUUUGGAUUCUAUUGCACUUAAUAAUGCUGCCAAGAAAAAAGAUUUGGUCAAAAAGAGUCUGCUGCAGCUAAUCUGUCGGAGUUCAGCUUUGGAACAAAAGUGGCUUAUUCGUAUGAUCUUGAAGGAUAUGAAAUUGGGUAUUAGUCAGCAGACUGUAUUUCAGUUAUUCCAUGCAGAUGCGGCAGAGCUUCACAGUGUAACAACAGAUCUGGAGAAAGUUUGUGUACAGCUCCAUGAUCCUACAGUGUCCCUCAGUGAUGUCUCCAUCAUGAUGUUUUCUCCUUUUAAGCCAAUGCUUGCUGCCAUUGCCAACAUAAAGCACAUUGAAAAGUUAAUGCACAAUCAGAGCUUCUAUUUAGAAACUAAACUGGAUGGAGAGCGUAUCCAGCUCCACAAGGAUGGAGAUGUUUACAAAUAUUUUUCGCGCAAUGGAUAUGAUUACACCCAGCAAUUUGGUGCUUCUUCAUUGCAAGGAUCCCUCACACCAUUCAUUCAUAAUACCUUCAAGAGCAAUUUGCAAAACUGCAUUCUUGAUGGCGAGAUGAUGGCUUAUAACCCCAUCACCCAAGCCUUUAUGCAGAAGGGAAACAAGUUUGACAUCAAAAGAAUGGUGGAAGACUCAGAAUUGCAAACUUGUUUCUGUGUCUUUGAUGUUUUAAUGGUAAAUAACCAGAAGCUGGCAAAUGAAACCCUCAGGAAAAGACAUGAAAUUCUUCAAACACUCUUCAUAUCAGUGCCAGGGCGCAUUCAGGUUGUGGAGAAAACUGAAAUAAAAACAAGAAAGGAUGUAGCUGAUGCCCUAAAUGAAGCUAUAGACAAAAGGGAAGAAGGAAUCAUGGUGAAAGAUCCUUUGUCUGUUUAUAAACCAGACAAACGUGGUGAAGGCUGGUCAAAAAUUAAGCCAGAAUAUGUUGAUGGCUUGAUAGAUGAGCUUGACAUCUUAAUUGUUGGUGGUUACUUUGGCAAAGGACAUCGCGGUGGAAUGAUAUCCCACUUUCUGUGUGCUGUUGCAGAGUCUGCUUCGCCUGGUGAGAAACCAUCAGUCUUCCACUCACUUUGCCGUGUAGGUUCUGGGUACACGAUGAAGGAAUUGUACGAUCUUGGACUGAAACUGGCUAAACACUGGAAACCUUACCACAGAAGAGAUCCUCCAACAAACAUUUUGUGUGGCACGGAAAAACCAGAGGUCUACAUUGAGCCGUGCAAUUCUGUUAUUCUACAAGUCAAAGCAGCUGAAAUUGUGAGCAGUGAUAUGUAUAAAACUGGUUGCACCUUGCGUUUUCCACGAAUUGAAAAGAUCAGAGAUGACAAGGAUUGGCAUGAUUGCAUGACAUUGCACGAUUUGGAUCAACUGCAUGAUAAAGCUUCUGGGAAACUUGCAUCAAAACAUGUUGACUUAAGUGAUGAUGAACUGGAUAAGAAAAAGCGUAAAAUUCCUUCAAAGUCCAAAAAAUUGAUCGGCAUUGCAGAACAGUUUAAAGCCCAAGAUCUAUCUAGUGUUGACAAAGUUUCUAAUAUCUUUGAAGAUGUUGAAUUUUGUGUCUUGAAUGGUCUUCAUGACCAUCCCAAAGCUCAACUAGAGAAGGGAAUCGCUGAAUGUGGAGGAUUGGUUGUGCAGAAUCCUGGGCCUGACACUUAUUGCGUUAUUGUUGGCAUGGUUAAUGUCCGUGUCAAAAAUCUUAUUGCCGCUAAUGAGCUUGAUGUGGUCAAAGCUGACUGGUUGGUGGACUGUUUGCAAAAGAAGUGUUUUAUACCAUGGCAACCCCAGUUUAUGAUUCAUAUGUCACCUUCCACGGAAAAGCAUUUUGCCCAGGAAUAUGAUCAUUAUGGAGACAGUUAUUAUGCUGAUGUUGAUAAAAGCCAUCUGCGGGAGAUAUUCAAAAGAAUGAGUAAACCAGAACAACAUUUGCCCUUUAAAACUAUUGCUGACUUGGAACAGCGUUAUCUAUGGGAUGCAUCACCUCUGUGUAUGUUCAGACAUUGCAUUGUUUAUGUAGAUUUUUGCACUACAAUUGGUGACGUUAGUACACAGGUACAUGGCACGAGUUUAGAUUUGAGAGUUUUGGAGUUGCGGUUUCACGGUGCGCAAUGCGUUACUAAUUUGGCGGAAGGUGUCUCGCAUGUCAUCGUUGGUCAUGAUGUACGACGUCUCUCUGAGCUAAAAUUACUCAGGAUGACAUUUCAAAGGAAGUUCAAAAUUGUACUGGAAUCAUGGAUAACUGAUUCAGUAAAAGCAGGAAGUGUGCAAGAUGAAAAGAAUUACCUACUGUAGAAGAAAUAAUCGCUGAAAUAUAAGCAAGAUGUGGACAGUAUAGAAUUUGUAAGAAAACUUGUUCAGUUCCACGGUCUGAAAGGUACUUGACAAUCAAAGUGUAACUGAAGCUGUGCAAUCCUACUCAAAAAAAUUACAGUUUUCUUGUUUUGUUGCACUUACUUUUCCUUCUCAACAAAAAGCAAUACGUGACCCAAAGGGUUAUUCCGGAUAGAUUAUACAGUUCCUUUUUAGUUUUCACUUUUCAGUUUGUCCUCUAAGAAGAGCGAGUUUCUUAAUGCAGGCAAAAGUACAUUAAUAAUAUUAGCAUCUGAUGUAUCAUAAAUUUCAGUUGGGUAACUAAAAUGAUUGUCAUCUCUCCAUAAAAGUAAAAGCAAUCAUCAGCAUUUGAUUUUCUACAUUUGUACUAAGGCUUCAAAAAUUAAUGCUAAAACAGCAAAAUAAAUCAGUGCUAGAAGUGAAAGUAAUGUCAAAAUGUUGUACUUAAUGGUCAUGAAGCUAAUACUCUCAUUUAAAAAGUUACAUCCAUUAUUGGUAACAUCUAACAACAGUCGAAAAUCGGACGCAGAAAUUUUACCAGCUAUUAACCUCCAUUGUUGACAAUGAUUUGUUUACAUCAAUCAUUAUUAUGUACCUUGCCUUUAACAAAAGUGAUAAUUACUGUUCUGCUACAUAAUAUGACUGUUUCAGCUGAUAUUUUGUGUCAUCUUACAAAUCAUAACUGCUUUGAGUAUUGAAAAUUUCACUUAAUGAAGCUAGAAUACUGGUUUAGGUAGUGAUGUAUACCUCACAUUCAUAACCAUUUAUUGCACUGUUCCAAACAAAACAAAGAAUAAGCUUUAAACAACAUUAUGGCUAAGUGUACAAACUGAGUGGUGUAAACUCUUUUACUGAAAAGGAACAAACCCAAAGUUAAAGCAUUCUAUGACAAAUCAGGGUGAAAGUGGAGACAUAAAUUAUACGAGAGAGCAAAUUAUAAGAGAGUGGAGGAGGAUAUGUGGUUUUUGCAUAAAACUUCCUGAUUCUCCUGCAAAGUCAUUUUAAUAGAAUCCAUAAAAUAAAUACUUUCUAAUGUUUUAAAGGGUGUUGUCAAGCAUGUUCAAAGUACGACUUUUCAUUCAUCUCUUUAAGGGAGCGUCUGAGAUUUUAACAAUGAUAACAUAUAUACUUUCAACACGUAAAGAACUCUCUGAAUGAGUUAAUCUUCAUAGACCAUUAGGUUAUUUAUUUACAUAGUUAAAUACCAUUGGAACCUUUGAAUUAUUGAAAUUACAGGGGAAGUGGUAAACCCAAUAAAUAAUAACGCAUUGUCCGAGAUCAUCUUAGUUUUGCUUCAAAGCUAAAUUCCCUGUAAAAAUAUAUAUAUGACAGGCCAUCAGCUUUUUGCACCAGAUACUUCAUUAAUAUUCAUAUAUUGAUUUCCAUUUUUGAAGUACACUAGGUUCCUUAUUGUGUUAUACAGAUGCAUAAAUUGAGAAUAAUCCAUGGUGGAACAUAUGAUACAGUCCAAGUCAUGACAAGUAAUGGAGUCCGUUAAUAAUGGGUUGAAGUAAGGAAAUGUACUCUGAAUAAAAACUGUCUGAUUUGUACAUGUUCUUAUAUUUUAAAUUUUUGGAUGUUAAAGUAACUAUUCUUUCAGCUUGAAAGAUUAAUUUCUAACAAUGAAUUAGCUGAUUUUCAUCAGUGAUUACACCAAAUAAGUCAUUGAGAGAAUAGACUUUUUUUUAAAGAAAGGAGAAUUUCCAUCCCUAUUUUUGCUUCAAAAUUAAAUUGUAAUUCUACAUGAAAAUGUGUACUUUUAGUGUUGGUAGUGUUAAAAUGACAUUAUCCUGAAAGAAAUUUUACAUUUGUGCUCAGUCUGGUGUUUAUAUGUAUAUGUGCUGAUUGUCAGCAGAUAUUCUUCUCCAUGUUAACACCAUUGAAAACUUGUGCUUUGGAAAAUUAUUUAAUAAAAAGAAACUCUUUAAAUGUGAAA